CAGACCCUCAUUCUAUACAGUGCAGAAAGGACUGAUGUUACAAUGAUGAUCAGACAUUGGGCAAUCUUUUUGUUUUAUGCCAACUCCGUUUGUGCAUUAACCAAGGACAUUGUUCAACCAAACCCAGUGAUGGUUACUCACCGGGGAGCUAGUGUGAUUAUCACUUGCUUUUUGCCAACUGAUGUGAAUACCGAUGUUGUUUGGUUCAAGCAGACUCUUGGACAGAAACCCCUUCUCAUGACAUCGAGACUUUCCAGUGGACAAUAUUUUUAUUUCAACAACUUUACCAAGAAUUUCACUGAUACUAAACAUCUGAGUGUGAAGAGAGGAGUUGACAGCUUUAACCUGACCAUCUCCAAGACAGAGCCAUGGGACUCUGCUACAUACUACUGUGGUGCUAUGAAAGUGGGCAAAGUCAAAUUUGGAGAAGGAACUGUAUUGAUUGUAAAAGGUUCAGAGUCCAACAGCAUGUCUGUGAACCAGCAGCCUGUGUUUGAGUUAGUCCAGCCAGGAGACUCUGUGACUCUGAACUGUACAAUACACACUGAGACCUGUGCAGGAGAAUACAGUGUCUAUUGGUUCAGACAUGGCUCAGGAGAAUCCUGUCCAGGAAUCCUUUACACCAAUGGAGACAGGAGUGAUCAGUGUGAGAAGAGCAUUGAGACUGGGUCUCCUACACAGAGCUGUGUUUACAACCUCCCCAAGAGGAACCUCAACCUCUCUGAUGCUGGGACUUACUACUGUGCUGUGGCAUCAUGUGGGGUGAUACUGUUUGGAAACGGGACCAAGCUGCAUGUUGACCAUGGUUGUAAGGAGGACCAUGUUUUCAUGGUGUACUGUCUGGGUGUAGCGUUGGCUCUUUGUGUCAUCCUCAUCAUUGUCCUUGGUUGUUUUUUGUGUAAGAUGACCAAGAAAACCUCUCUGCUGUGCAGAGGAACGCACCCUCAGACAAGUGGUCUGGCAGUCGCCAGUUCUCAUAACCAGGAUCAAGAAGACGAUGACACACUCACGUCGGUCCAUUACGCUGCUCUGAAUGUCAUCCACAAGAAGCCAAAGACCCGGAGACACAGGAGCGCCAUGGAGAGAGACACUGUGUACUCUGGGGUGAGGUGCCAAAACAUGGACUGAAACAUCAACUUUUGCUCUUUAAUUAAUAAUGUGCAUUGAUUUUGUGUUUUCUACACUGUAUGUAUAACUAUGGCUUUUCAUUGUGUGUUACAAUCAGUUGUAUUCUGUUCAAGCUCCUUUUAAUAACUUUUCAUGUUCAAAAUUGCGCACUCUCCUCAAACAACAGCAUGGUAUUAUUUCACUGUAAUAACUACUGUAAAUUGGACAGUGCAGUUAGAUAAACAAUAAUGUAAGCUUUCUGCCAAUAUUAGAUAUGUCUAUGUCCUGGGAAUUUUUCCUGUUACUUAUAACUUCAUGCUAAUCGCAUUAGCCUAUGUUAGCUCAACCGUCCCGUGGAAAGGACACCGAUCCCGAAUUAAAACCUCUUAAGGAUUACCCCCUUUUUUUUCAAUUUUUGCCUAAAAUAACAUAUUCUUGGUACCAUUUGAAAGGAAACACUUUGAAGGUUAUGGAAGCGUGAAAGGAAUGUAGUAGAAUAUAACACAAUAGAUCUGGUAAAAGUUAAUAAAAAAAAGAAAUGCAAGAGAAAGGCCAUAAUGUAUUAUUCCAGCCCAGGGACAAUUUUGAUUUUGGCCACUAGAUGACAUCAGUGUAUGAGCACUGUGUAUGAGCACUUUUAGACUGAUCCAAUGAACUGUUUUAUUUCUAUUAAAAAUGUUGUAUCAAGAUUGCCCAAAUGUCCCUAAUUUAUUUAUUAACAUUGGUACUGUUGUGCAUUUUACAGUAGAUCCAAUAAAACAUUAAACUGCUUUCAUAUAGA